UGGGAGGGGACGCAGAGAAACUAAAUAAACGGGGGGCAGAAAACGCACGGUCGUUACGUAAGGCCCCAGCCCAAUAAGACGACUAUAUAAGCUGGACAUAAAUGCAAUCUGCAAGUGUAGUCCACCGAUUUGCAUACACACGCAUUAUAAGAUCAAACAUUGCAGACCCACUCGUGCGUAUAGUAUUCUGACAUUGCUCUGAAACCCAUUAAACCAUGACUACUGUCAAGAUUUUAAUUUUGUUGGUGAUUUUGGGAGUGGUCAGCUCUAGUCCGAUCCAGGUAGGCGUCUAUCAUCAGCCUACUGUUGCUUUGGCACAUGCACCAAUCGUGAAAACAAUCGAAUACCAAGCGCCACCGAAGUAUGCUUUUUCGUAUGGAGUUAAGGAUCCGGUCACUGGUGAUAGCAAGGAGCAACAAGAAACUAGGGAUGGAGACGUGGUGCACGGUAGCUACAGUUUGGUAGAACCCGACGGCAGCAAGAGAAUUGUCGAAUACACUGCCGAUGAUGUGAACGGCUUCAACGCUGUCGUCCAUAAGGAACAGCUUCACCACGUUUCCAAAGUUGCUCUCGCCCAUGCACCCUUAACAGUCGCCCAUGCCCCGUUGGCUCUGGCCCACGCUCCCUUAACAGUUGCCCAUGCACCAUUUGCUGUGGCUCACGCGCCGGUAACCAUAGCUCACGCACCAGCAUUUUCUGUAGCUCAUGCACCUGUGACCAUUGCUCAUGCACCACUUUCAACUGCAUACCACGUAGCUCACGCACCUGCCGCCGCCUACUCGAUCAUUCAUUAGGAUCACUUACUAUCGACCGUGCCAUUCAAAAUAAUUGUAAAUACCAUAUCUAUCUAUAUAUAUUAUUCACUAUAACACAAGUCUUCUAUGUAUUACGAUAUAUCACUGUAUUC